CGGCGAGCUCAGGACCAUUCCGCAUUUCUGGCUGCUUUCUUCCCGUGAGGAAUUCUGUAUUGCUCUAACGGCAUGCUUCUUGGGAGCUAGCCGUCCCUCACAGCCCGAAACGCCCUCGGGAAACAUGGAUCCCUCAUCGCAGGCGUGCUCAAGCAGUGUCACCGUGGAAUAUACUGAUCCCUCGGGCUUGUUCCCCCUCGUCCAACCGGUUCUUGCAAAAAGACUACCCUUGAAGAACCUCCACUGGAAGUCGCCUACCCGCCCCGUUCGGUCCAUCGAAUCGCUCCGCAUCGGCUUCGUCCCUGCCCAGAAUGAGGCCAACGAGCGCGAAUCCUCCGGUGAUAGCGCGGUGCCGCAUCGACGUCACCAAAUUCCCGGCCUCCGCCAGACUCCCUACCUAAAGAUCUUCCUCUUACGAUGCGACGAUAAUGACACCUACAAGUCGACCACUAGGAAAGCAUUGCGCGACUGGAUCAAAUCCCAUGCUUCUAUGUCGCAGUCUACCACGAGCCAGGAGAAACACGACGCCUUUGAAUGGAUAAUACUUCAUGUUGUGCAGGAUGGAGAUGGCACGGAAAAGACGGCGCCAUCCUCCAAAUGGGGUCGCACCACUACGGUAUUGGAGAAGGUUAAGGCAGACUUCAAUGGCACUUCGAAGUCGGCCGUGGACCGGGUGGCUCAGCUACGACUUCCGAAGCAAGGGACUACGCAGAAGAAUCCGGAUCUGGUUGACCAGUUGGAGGACUUGAUCGAGAAGGUGAAAAAUGGCAUUCUGGCAUCUUUCGACCUUCGUGUGGCUCAAUACGAGGAGGAUAUCAAGGAGAAGGAUUCCCAACGCAGGUUACCCGGAUGGAACUUCUGCACAUUUUUUAUCCUGAAGGAGGGGCUUGCGAGAGGCUUCGAAAAUGUGGGGUUGUUUGACGAUGCGCUCCUUGGAUACGAUGAACUCUCAAUCGGGCUGGAUGCUGCAGUUGAUGAGCAGCUUGAAGGCACGGGGGAGCAGCAUGGUAGCGCCUUUCUGAUGUACACUGAGGAUUGGCAGAAGAAGGCCAUGGCAGCUUUGGAUACCCCGGCAGUGCCAAAGAACGAGGAGGACGAAGAGUCAAAACCCAUUCCAAAACUUGAUGCCGAGGAUUUCCCCAUUGACUCGAACAAAAAGGCCUACCGGGAGAUGAUCCUAGCGAGCAAUAUCUCUAUCUUUGAUUUCCGCACCUACAUCUUCUCGCGACAAAUAACCCUACUUCUCAGGGGCGCGAAGGCGCCCUCGUUGCUCAAUAAGGAGUCCGAAAUCGGUCAAACACCGGUAAAUACAAACAAGAAGCCUGAAAAUCUGAUGUUACUGUCCGAGGUCUGCGAAAGGGCGACGGAGUUCAUCAGCUUUGCUGCGCGUGAUCUCAGAUGCGACUUAGAAUCAGGUCUCGCUGAUGUAGACCAUACCGCAAAAUCGGAGGUGAUCGACAAUUUGGUGUCAUCCUGGGCUUACGCUGCUGUGUCACAGAUUCUUUCUCAGACGUCCACUCCGACGCUCACUCUCCCAGAAUCCUCUUUGCAUGCUAUUAGUGCCUCCAGGGAUACUGCUACAGAAAGUAGGCCAGAUUUGCCCAAGCGCUCCAGUUCACUAGUGAGCGUACCCAAAACCCGGCCCGCUCGCUCCAACACGGAUAUUCUUCCUCCAGAUGCGCUGUCUUCCGUCCAUUCUCAGCUAGGUCACAAUGGACCAAAACUCACGCUCGCUCCAGCUGUCAAGACUGGGUCCGAGCAGUUGGCUUCUGCGAGAGGAGAGUUGCUUCUCAUGGCCCGACGGGUGUUGGAAGAAAUUGCUGGACGCUGUGGGUGGAGGGAGAAGUGGGAUGAUCUCGGUCUCCUGUUCGAUAGUGAAAGCGCUGGCAAUAAUGAUAUGACCGAAGUAUCUUUAGACUCUGAGACACCGCAGCCUGCCGAAAAGCUUCAGGUAACCCAUUGCCUCUCAGGAAUCGCCCUGCCCAGCUUGAAGGCUGCUCUGCGCUCUAGGAAAUCCUUCCGAUCACACUUUGAAGAGCUUACAGAUGACAUGUAUCGUCAUCAUAUCACUGCCAAUCGUACCUAUUCCGCUCAGAUGGCUCUUGCAGACAUGGCCCUAGUACGGUACCGGCAGAGCGAUUACGGCGCGGCGGCUUCCUAUUUCCAUCAAAUCACACCCUUCUAUGGUAGCAAACAAUGGACUAUCCUAGAGGGCGUGAUGUUAGAGAUGUAUGCGCGAUGCUUGAAGGAGCUGCAACGGAGCGAGGAGUAUGCUCGGAUGUCCCUUCGGCUCCUUUCGAAAUUCGCCAUCCAUAAGCAGUCGAGCUUGUCAAUCAGACAAAAGACCCUUGAUGCAUCAUCAAUCUUUACCGAGGAGGAACUAGUGUCUCAAUAUGUCGAGGAGCUGUUCCAGGUAUCUAGCGCGCUACAGAAGGAGGUUUCGGCUCCUUUGACAGACUUUUUUGCAGACUUGCAUGUCAACCCUGCUAUUAUUCAUUACAAGGAUAAAGAUGGAUUCCAAUUACAGCUCUCUUUACGAUUUCUCUUGGGGAAGCGAAUUGAGGUUGACUCGAUGAAAAUCCGGCUUGUCGGAUCCGGGGGUAGCCAGAGCAACGAGUAUUGGCUGGAGUUGUCCUCCAAGACAACUAUUAAGUCGUCGUCGACGAGGGUCCUAGUUGAUUCUUCGAUGACCCUACAAGGGAAAUAUUAUGUUGACCGGGUUGAGGUGCGAGCCGGCAGCAUUUUAUUCACGUCUGGGACUGGGAAGCAUUCAGCCCUCCCCUUAGGAUUCAGAGAAGCGGUGGAUGUCGAAGAAGACAGUCGGCCAUAUAUCUACUGCUAUCCGGCACCCGAGGGACUUCAGGCGAAGAUCGUGUCGCCUCAUCUGGUCAAUCUUGAGGAAAUGCGGACUCUGGAAUUAGAACUUAGGACCGGAUGGAACGAUAUCAAGACCGCUACUGUUCGGGUUAGGCCCGCCACCGCAGGACUUCGACUGAGAAUUGCCGAGGCGGAAGCAGUGGAAGGGGACGUCAAGAUCAACGCCAACAGCGAGACAGGGCAUAUUGAGGUCUGUCAAGUAGGACCGAACUCUUUCGUCCGGUUCCGAAUUCCUUAUACGGUGGAGGAGCAUCAUCCGAUGCUUUCUGCACGAGCGGAGGUUAAUUAUGAGACGCCGCACGGACGAUUCUCCUACUCCUCUCUGCAUAGCAUUGUCUCGGGCUUGCCCAUCAGCGUCAAUGUCCAGGACACCUUCAAGGACAAGAUGCUAUUCUCCCGAUUUACAGUCAGCCCGGCCAUGAUGAUCCCUCUCAGGAUCCUCAAAUGUAGUAUACCGGAUUCGGAUAUUUAUCAAGUUCAAUCUAAUCUCAGCGACUCGGUUGCGCUCAACGUCUUCCCCAAGCAACCGGCAUCGUUACUCUACAAGAUCCAGCAGCGAGACGAUGGCGUAAUCUCCCCUGGUUCGAGGCGCUCACUUCGUCUCAGCGUUGAUUUCACCUGUGUGGAUGACGAAUAUCUGGACGCGAUCGAGAAGACCUUCCAGGAAAGCAUCGCGGCCAGCGAAUAUCAGCGAUACACUUCGCUCCUAACAUCGCACAUAGUGGACGCGUUUCGCGCAGGGUUGUCGACCUCUGACAUGGAGGUCAUCGGGCUCGUCCGAGAGGUGGAAAUGUUACCCUAUGCCACUAUCAAGUGGGAAGCACUUCUGAAUGCAUUGAGGGAGCCACUGGACGGAUUGAAAGCUUGGCUCCAAGAGUGGCACCAGAAUCACCCUAUCAUCCGUCUGCCGGAUCAGCCCUCAAUCCCCAGGAGACACAUCAUCAUCCCCGUGGACAUCCCCGAGAUUCAAGUGGUACAUACAGCCGAGCUGCGACUCUGCAACCUAGCCGACCAACCCCCACACGCCGCGGUCGGGCAGAUGAUCGCAGCAGAACUUAGCCUACGUCAUACACGCAGGUGGUGUUCGCCCGAGAAUCGCGAGAGCGCCGGCGGACCGCUGGAGUUCUCGUACGAAAUUCACGCGAACCCCGAGCUCUGGCUGGUGGGCGGUCGGCGACGAGGCAAUUUCACCGCAGACGAAGGCGAGACUAAAACCUUUGCGGUGAUGCUUCUUCCGCAAAAGGCCGGCCGUCUCCUUCUCCCGGGACUCGAGAUCAAAACGUUCGUGCCCGCGUCCGCGGCAUCAUCUACGAACGCCGCCACCGUCACAACCACCGCAGCAGCCGGAGCAGCACCCAUCCUGCAACGACGACAGAUUGCCUGCGAAAUCGACUACCGCAACCACGGGGAAACCGUACUCGUCCUGCCGAAUCUACGAAGUACAACUGUCAGUCUCAGUCUGUCGGGGGGGAAUCACGGCGCCGCAUGGUUAAUCGAAUCGGAGCGACGAAUGCUGGCAUAAAACACCCUCACUAAACGAGUACAUUAUGGUAAAGUAAAUAGUAGACGAGACGCCACUACCUAAUCAUAGACGGUUCCAACCAAUGAAUAAAUUAAACCAAUAAAAUAAAGCCAAAAUCCAAACCAAACCAAAAGUAAUGUCCCACGCAAAUCCCGUCCUACCAACCAUCAAAUCACGCAAAGUGUGUACAUACCAUAGAUACAAACAGCCCUUGAAACUUUCAAAAUCCCCCACAUACAACCUGAAAGCAAAAAAACCAAACCCAACAUGGUUCCUCCAUCCAGAGUUACAAUCCCGAAAACGGUCUAGUGCGCCCCAGGACAAAUCCUCUCCGCCCCACCGGAUCCAACCUCAACAAAAUUCGGGGCGCCCCAACAGAACUUUGCUUACUAGCCACGGAUUGUUCGAUUUGUUCGAUGUGGCUUCUUUCUCUCUUUUCUGUCUUCAUGGUUUAUUUUAUUUAAUUGUUUUUUUUUUCCUGGGGAGGGAAGUUGGGUCAUGUGACUUGCGUUUUGUUUGGUUAUGAGUUCUAAUUGUUUUCCUUAGGGUUGUAGAUAGAGAUAUAGAGUGAUGGAUGUUUGACCUUUUUUUUUUUUAUUUUUUUAUUUUCUUUUUU